AUGGCUGCUCUCAACAUCUGCUCGUCAUCCAAGCUCCUUCCAACUCCAAAACAUCACACUCCUGCUUCAACCUCCAGUUUCUACUGCAAAUCCUGCGCCACUCCUCCCACCGAUAUUCCCAGACCACUGGGUUCGCUCAAUCAUUCAUCACGAGCUCCUCAAAUUCCUCUAUUCUGUGUCGGAGAAUUAUCCAGAGCAGGUUUUCUUGCUCUGCUUUCUGCUUCCCUAGUUUUUGCAUCCGAUCCCGCUUUGGCUUUUAAGGGCGGAGGUCCGUACGGUUCCGAAGUGACUCGGGGACAAGAUCUCACCGGGAAAGAUUUUAGUGGCAAGAGUUUGAUCAAACAAGAUUUUAAAACGUCUAUACUGAGACAAGCCAAGUUCAAAGGUGCAACCUUAGUCGGAGCUAGCUUCUUUGAUGCUGAUUUAACAGGGGCUGAUCUAUCUGAUGCUGAUCUUAGAGGUGCUGACUUCUCUUUAGCAAAUGUGACAAAGGCAAAUUUGAGCAAUGCAAACUUGGAAGGAGCUCUUGCUACAGGAAACACUUCUUUCAGAGGAUCAAACAUAACGGGUGCAGACUUCACAGAUGUUCCUCUUAGAGAUGAUCAACGGGAAUACCUUUGCAAGGUUGCUGACGGAGUGAACCCAACCACUGGUAAUGCCACCCGAGACACACUGUUUUGCAACUAG